AUGACAGAACUGACAGCUUCUCGAGAACCUCAAACCCCCAGCUCAGAUCCACAUAAAGUCGAGAUCCUAAUCCUGGGAGCCGGCUGGCUCUACCAGUUCCUGCACCCACUCCUCAACCAUAUUCAUAUCUCCCAUGCGGGCACAACUCGCAACGGUCACGACAACACGAUCCCCUUCACCUUCGACCAUACCUCCACCGAUCUCCAGCCAUACGCCAGCCUCCCCACUGCAACCACAAUCCUCAUCACCUUCCCCCUCCCCGGCGCCUCCGCGCCCAAAGUCCUCCUCGACAACUACGCCGCCACCCACUCCCACACCCCACACCCCAACACCAUCCUCCUCGGCUCCACCGGCGAAUACAGGGGCCCGGGCUGGCACGACCGCACCUCCACACCCGCAGGUCCGCCCUCGGAGCGCUGGCAGGCCGAAAACGCACUGCUCGCCCUGCCGCGCCGCAACGGCUGCGUGCUCAACCUCGCGGGCCUGAUGGGCGAGCCCGGCCGCGACGCCAAGAUCUGGGACCGCGCCGUGCCCACGACCCAGGACGGCUUGCGCGCCAAGGCCAGCGUGCAUUUCGUGCAUGGCCGCGAUGUCGCAAGGGCCGUCGUGGCCGUGCACAAAAGGUUUGCCGAGGCGAUGGGCCAGAGGUGGGUCCUGACGGACGAGAGGGUUUAUGACUGGUGGGAGCUGGCGUGGGCGGAGGCCUCGAGGCUGGAUGAGCGGUUGGUGCAAGAGGAGAGGCGGGCGGGCGGAUAUCGGAGGUGGAUUGUUGAGCUUAUGCAGGAGGAAGGUGUGCGGGCGUUGCCCAGAGAUGGCGAGGUGCUGGGGAGGCGGCUGGAUAGCAGGGGGUUUUGGCAGGCUUUUGGCAUCGUGCCGGAAGAGAGGGCGUUUUCUUGGCCGACAGCGCCUACGCCCUCAAAUGGGUAA